ACAUUUUCUCUCAAGGUUAUUUGUUAUCGCGAGUUUACGGCUGCACUGCAUUAAACCAUCACAUUCUGUUUCUAGAUUUGUGCAUUACAUUGCAAAUCGCUGCAUAAGGCACACUCGCUGGGUCCGGUAUCUAUAGUUUCGUCCUGCAGAAAAAGAUAUAACAAUAUGGCGCAAGACGACAAGAAGGUUUCUGUUCUUUUUGUGUGUCUUGGAAACAUUUGCCGGUCGCCCAUGGCCGAAGGUGUCUUCCGCCACUUGACGCGAUCACACCCGCGCAUCGGGCGCAUCGACUCCGCCGGCACGGCAGCCUAUCACUCCGGCGAGCCGCCGGACUCGCGCACCAUGUCGACGCUCGAGGACAAUGGGAUUACCGACUACGUGCAUGAGGCGCGCAAGGUGCAGCCCGAAGACUUUGAGGAGUUCGACUACGUGCUUGCCAUGGACAAGGACAAUUUCCGGAACUUGAAGCGCAUGAAGAAGAUGGCGCUCGGCUCGGGCAGCAGCAGCUCUGCGGCUCGCAGACGGGCCAAGAUUGCUGAUGAUGACGAGGAUGACGGCGUUGGUGCGCGGGUCAUGAUGUUUGGCGAUUUUGGCGGAAAGAAGAAGAAUGAGGAAAUUGACGACCCCUAUUAUGGUGGCAGAUGGGGCUUUGAUGAGGCGUAUGAGCAGGCGGUGCGAUUCACGAAUGGCUUUUUGAAGGCGCUGGAGAAUGAGCAGUAAAUUGGGGGAGGGGAUUUUUUUUGGCGCGGGAAGGAUAGAGAAAGCUCUGUAAAUACGGCGGAAAUUUGAAGGGGAUUUUGGCGAUCGUGGGAACCCAAGUAGCGAAAGACCUGGGUUGCUUACCCGUUCCCGCGAUGCUUAGAUGAAAGAUGGCUCGGAUGACAUAGCCUUUUUUUUUUAUUUCUUAGUUGAUAGAUAUCCUGCUUUCUUUUAAAAAGAGGUAUUUUAGAUACUGUACUGUCACUGUAUCGCUG